CCUCAAACUAUAUGACGCAAUACCUUUCGUGGACCAAUGAGCUGUCGCGCAGAACGCGCAAAAUUCAAAAUUCAUCAGGAAGUGAAGAGCUCACCUCUGGCGCGCGUCUAAUCCGGGAAUAUUUUUAGAAACAGUUAAUUUUUACACCUCACAAACACUCACAUGAACAUUUGUGAUGUUGAAGUUUAAAUAUGGAGGUUACUGCAGUGUUAAAGAUCUGUCUGUCCUGGACACCAUCACAAGCCGCUGCGCUCGACUCAAUCAACUGCUGCAGGGGAAGUGCUCCACUGGAGUGACCAGAGAAGGACUGAUUGACGCUCUACUGGUGCUCUAUCAGGAGUGCACAUCCCCAGAACUCAUGAAGAUCAAACACGUGGCCAAUUUUGUCAACAAAUAUUCUGAAGUUGUGGCCGAAGUUCAGGAAUUGCUUCCUGGUAAGAAGGAUUUUGAAGUGAGGGGGGUCGUAGGACGAGGACAGUUUUCGGAGGUGCAGGUGGUGAAGGAGAGAGCGACAGGAGACGUGUACGCCAUGAAGAUCAUGGAGAAAACCUGCCUACCAUCUCAAGACCAGAUGUCGUUCUUUGAGGAGGAAAGAACCAUCCUGGCCCUGAACUCCAGUCCGUGGAUUCCUCAGCUCCAGCACGCUUUCCAAGACCACGAUCACGUCUAUCUGGUCAUGGAGUAUAUGUCCGGCGGUGAUCUUAUGACCUUGAUGAACCGAUAUGAAGAUCAGUUUGACGAGUCUAUGGCUCAGUUUUAUCUCGCGGAGCUCGUACAGGCCAUUCACACCGUACAUCAGAUGGGAUACGUUCACAGAGACAUUAAACCGGAGAACGUUCUGAUCGACCGCACGGGUCACAUUAAACUGGCGGAUUUUGGGUCAGCAGCCAGACUGAAUGCUAACAGAACGGUGUCGUGCUCCGGAGGAGCGGCUUGCAGCUACGGUCCCGAGAGCGACUGGUGGUCUCUGGGCAUCAUUGCUUAUGAAAUGAUCUACAUGAAAUCACCCUUCACUGAUGGCACCUCAGCAAUAACUAACAACAUCAUGAACGUUCCGCGUUAUUUGAAGUUCCCAGAGGAACCGAAAGCCAGCGCUCCGUUUGUGGAUCUGCUCCAGAGUUUGUUAAGUGGGUCUCGGGAGUGUCUGGGAUACGAGGGUUUACGCUCUCAUCCGUUCUUCUCCUCCAUUGACUGGACCAACCUGAGACAAGUGCUCCCUCCGUUUGUUCCGUCUCUCUGUUCUGAGGAUGACACCUCUAAUUUCGAGGAGCCCGAGAGGCCCCCCCGCCCUGCGGCCGCUGCACAGCGCGAUCCCGCUCGCACUGGCUUCCAGGGACGCGACCUGCCCUUUCUAGGGUGGUGCUUUAGCAGGACGCUGAGCGCGCUGGCCAAGUCUGAAUCGGUCGGCACAGGGAUCAACUCUCCUGCCAAGACCAACUCCAUGGAAAAAAAGUUGCACAUUAAAAGCAAAGAACUGCAAGAGACUCAAGACAAAUGUCACAAGAUGGAGCAGGAGAUCUCGCGGUUUCAGCGUAAGAUGACUGACCUGGAGUCAGUUCUCCAACAGAAGGAUGUGGAGCUCAAAGCCUCAGAGACACAGAGGAGCAUCCUGGAGCAAGACCUCGCCACCUACAUCACUGAAUGCAGCAGUCUGAAGCGCAGUCUGGAGCAGGCUCGUGUUGAAGUGUCGCAGGAAGAUGAUAAAGCUCUACAACUUCUCCAUGACAUCAGAGAGCAGAGCAACAAACUCCAGGAGAUCAAAGAACAGGAGUAUCACGCUCAGUUGGAGGAGAUGCAGGUGACCAUCAGACAGCUGGAGGAGGAUCUGUCCGCCGCUCGCCGCCGCAGCGAUCUGUACGAGAGCGAGCUACGAGAGUCACGACUGACCAGUGAAGAACUGAAGAGGAAAGCUGCGGAAUACCAGCAGAGGAUCCAGAAGGCAAAGGAGCAGGGCAAAGCUGAGGUGGAGGAAGUGUUGUCUAAACUGGAGAAGACAAAUGCAGAACAGCAGAUGAAGAUUCAAGAGCUGCAGGAGAAACUCUCAAAGGCGGUGAAGGCGAGCACCGAGGCCACAGAUCUGCUGCAGAACAUCCGUCAGGCCAAAGAGAGUCUGGAGAGAGACCUUGAACGUCUGCGCAGUAAAUCUGACCCCAGUGACACGCUGCGCAGAGGCCUCCGAGAGGCCGAGGAGGGCAGAAAGACGUUGGAGAAUCAGGUGAAGCGUCUUGAGAUGGUGGAGCGGCGAGAGAAUAAACUGAAGGACGACAUCCAGACCAAAUCCCACCAGAUUCAACAGAUGGCCGAGAAGAUACUGGAGCUGGAGGAGAACUUGCGUGAAACUCAGGCUACAGCGCAGAGGAUGGAAACCCAUCUGGUCCAGAAAGAGCGACUCUACGAGGAUAAGAUCAAGGUUUUGGAGGCUCAGAUGAGAUCAGAUCUGGCUGAUAAAGAGACUCUUGAGCAGAAACGAGCUCAACACGAGGAAGAAGCUCGUGAGAAAUGCAAACUCAUCAGUGAGCAGAAAGCCACCAUCAAUGCCAUGGACAAUAAGAUGAAGAGUUUGGAGCAGAGGAUCGCUGAACUCUCAGAGGCCAAUAAACUAGCGGCUAACAGCAGCAUUUACACACAGAAAAACAUGAAAGCUCAAGAGGAGAUGAUAUCUGAACUCCGACAGCAGAAGUUUUAUCUGGAGUCACAGGCAGGAAAACUGGAAGCUCAGAAUGCCAAACUAGAGGAACAUCUGGAGAAGAUGAGCCAACAAGAGCAGACCAGGAAGAGCCGGAUUCUGGAGAUGGAGACCAGACUCCGAGAGAUGGGUCUGGAACAUGAAGAACAGAAGCUGGAGAUCAAGCGUCAGGUGGCGGAGCUCACGCUCUCACUACAGGACAGAGAGUCGCAGAUCAGCAGUCUGCAGGCCGCACGACAUGCCCUAGAGAGUCAACUGCAACAGGCCAAAACUGAACUAGAGGAGACGACGGCAGAAGCCGAGGAGGAGAUCACAGCGCUCAGAGCCUACAGAGAUGAAAUUCAACACAAGUUUGACGCUUUAAGAGACAGCUGCUCGGUAAUAACAGACCUGGAGGAGCAGUUAACUCAGCUGAUGCAGGAGAACGCGGAGUUAAACCGGCAGAACUUCUACCUGUCCAAACAGCUGGACGAGAUGACGGUGGAGAACGAGGAGCGACUGCAGCUGACUCAUGAUGUGGACCGUCUGCGUAGAGAGGUCGCAGACAGAGAGAUGCACCUCAACAACCAGAAACAGAACAUCGAGACUCUGAAGACCACGUGCAGUAUGCUGGAGGAGCAGGUGGUGGAACUGGAGAGUCUAAACGACGAGCUGCUGGAGAAAGAGAGACAGUGGGAGAACUGGAGAUCUGCUCUGGAGGACGAGAAGAACCAGGCCGAACGCAGAACCCGAGACAUGCAGAGACUCUUGGACAACGAGAAACAGAACAGGCUACGAGCGGACCAGCGCAGCACUGAGUCUCGACAGGCGGUCGAACUGGCCGUGAGGGAACACAAAGCUGAGAUUGUGGCUUUACAGCAGGCCCUGAAAGAGCAGAGACUCAAAGCUGAGAGUCUGUCUGAUACUCUGAACGAUCUGGAGAAGAAACACGCGAUGUUGGAGAUGAACGCACGCGGUCUUCAGCAGAAACUCGAGACGGAGAGAGAACUCAAACAGAGGCUGAUGGAAGAGCAAGGUAAACUUCAGCAGCAGAUGGAUCUACAGAAGACUCACAUCUUCAGGCUGACGCAGGGACUGCAGGACGCGCUGGACCAGACCGACAUGCUCAAGACUGAGAGAACUGACCUCGAGUACCAGCUUGAGAACAUACAGGCCGUGUACUCUCACGAGAAAGUGAAAAUGGAGGGAACCAUCUCGCAACAGACCAAACUCAUCGACUUCCUGCAGGCCAAGAUGGACCAACCAACCAAGAAGAAAAAGGGCAUAUUCGGGCGGCGUCGUGAGGAGGUGGGCGUCACCGCUAAUGGGGCGACAUUGAUUUCAUCUCAGCCCACCAUGCCCGUACCGUACAGCGACAUGAAAGCGGCUCUGGAGAAAGAGAGAACGCGCUGUUCUGAGCUGGAGGACGCGCUGCAGAAGAUGAGGAUCGAGCUGCGCACACUACGAGAUGAAGCGGCACAUUUUAAAGUCCAGGAGCACGUGGCUCCAUCUACACCGGCGUCGGCACGUCAGCAGAUCCUCAUGUCGGCUAUUGUGAAAUCUCCAGAGCGUCAGCCGAACCCCAGCAGUCUGCUAAACCCGUCCAGCUCGGCCCGACGCAAAGAGAACUCCACACCGGAUGUCAAAUCGGAGUGUUGUUUCUCUUCUACUCUUUCAGAGAAGAGGAGGGUCACGUUUGAAAAGUACGGGCGUCGUGUGAAGGAGAGGAUGCAUCAUAAUAUUCCUCAUCGUUUCACCGUGGGUUUGAAUAUGAGAGCAGCGAAGUGUGCCGUCUGUCUGGACACGGUGCACUUCGGCCGACAAGCUGCAACCUGCCUUGAGUGUCGUACUCUGUGUCACCCGAAGUGUUCUCCGUGUCUGCCGGCGACCUGCGGUCUCCCCGCUGAGUACGCCACACACUUCACUGAGGCUCUGUGCAGAGAUAAAGCCAGCUCGCCCGCCCUGCAGGUGAAAGAGGCGUCGGGUCACGUAAGACUGGAGGGAUGGAUGAAACAACCCAGGAAUGGAAAGAGGGGCCAGCAGGGUUGGGAGAGGAAGUAUGUCGUUCUGGAUGGAACCAAAGUUUCAAUCUAUGAGUCUGAACUGACUGAAGACUGUGUGAAGCCGCAGGAGGAGUUCGAGUUGUGUUUACCUGACGGUGAGGUGACGGUACACGGAGCUGUCGGAGCCUCUGAGCUCAUCAACACGGCUAAAUCAGAUAUCCCGUAUGUGUUGAAGCUGGAGUCUCAUCCUCACACCACCUGUUGGCCGGGUCAGUCUCUGUACUUCAUGGCGCCCAGUUUCCCUGAUAAGCAGCGCUGGGUGGCUGUUCUGGAGUCAGUGGUGGCGAGCAGCAGAGGAUCACGAGAGAAAACUGAAGCAGACUCUGCAGGGGCUAAAAGACAGAAGACUCUCUCUCCGCUGGUUCAGAAACUGUUGGGGAACUCUCUGCUGAAGUUGGAGGGAGAUGACCGACUCGAUAUAAAUUGUACUUUACCCCUCACGGACCAGAUUGUGCUGGUGGGUUCAGAGGAGGGUCUCUAUGCUCUGAAUGUCAUUAAGAACUCUCUGACUCACGUCCCGGGACUGGACUCUGUGUUUCAGAUUCAGAUACUCAAAGACCUCGACAAGCUGCUCAUGAUCACCGGUGAGGAUCGAGCUCUGUGUCUGGUGGAAAUCAAGCGUGUUAAACAGUCUCUGGCUCAGUCUCAUCUUCCAGCGCCGCCUGACCUCAGUCCGUACAUCUUUGAAGCGUUGAAGGGGUGUCAUCUGUUCGCUUCUGGAAAGAUCGAGAAUGGGAUGUGUAUCUGUGCUGCGAUGCCCAAUAAAAUCACCAUCCUGAGGUUCAAUGACACGCUCAACAGGUUCUGCAUUAGAAAGGAGAUCGAGACGUCUGAGCCCUGCAGCUGUAUUCACUUCACUGGAUACAGCAUCAUCAUCGGCACUAAUAAGUUUUAUGAGAUUGAGAUGAAACAGUAUGUGCUGGAAGAUUUCCUGGAUAAGAACGACGUGACGUUGGCCUCCGCCGUGUUCGCCGCCUCGUCACACAGUUUCCCGAUCUCUAUCAUCCAGGUGUCCAGCGCGCCGCAGAAAGUGGAGUAUCUGCUCUGCUUCCACGAGUUUGGAGUGUUUGUGGACGCGUACGGCCGCAGGAGUCGCAGCGAUGACAUCAAAUGGAGCCGUCUGCCGCUGUCCUUCGCGUACAGAGAGCCGUACCUGUUUGUGACGUAUUUCAACUCUCUGGAUGUGAUUGAGGUUCAGAGUCACUCUGCACUCGGACCACAUGCGUACGCACACCUGGACAUACCUAACCCGCGUUACCUGGGCCCGGCGAUCUCAUCCGGCGCCGUGUAUCUGGCCUCCUCCUACCAGAACAAACUGUGUGUGAUCUGCUGCAAAGGGAAUCUGGCUCAGGAGGGCUCGAGCGCAGAACCGCAGCGGAACGGUUCCACACGCAGUCCAAACAAGCGUGGCCCGCCUUCGUAUAACGAGCACAUCUCGAAGCGUGUUGCGGCGAUGCCCGGCGUUCAGGAGGGGAUCCACCAGCCCGGGACUCCUCACCGUUACCGCGAGGCUCGUACCGAGUUCCGGCGUGACAAAUCACCCGUCCGACCUUUCGACCGAGAGAAGUCUCCGGGCCGUCUGGCCGAGCAGCGGCUCGAAAGAUCCCCCGGGACGAUGAUGGACCCUCGACUUGAGCGCUCGCCGGGACGGGUCAUGGACCUGCGCAGGGAGAGGUCGCCCGGCCGGGCAUUUGAGGAGCCUCGCCAAAGACUGCACACGGGAUCGGCACGCACGCCCAUCAACACUGUUAACAAGGUGUGGGAUCAGUCAUCGGUGUAAGUGAUGACUGCCGUAUCAGAAGGCCACGCCCACAGAACAUUCGACAGCCGAUUCAACCAACAGUCCCGUGUCGUCGAACCUCUUUCCAGUGGGGCAGAACUUACAGCACAACAGUUCACUGCAAACGGCCUUAGAAAAAGAGAUGAACACCAUUAUUAACACACAUCUGGCCAUCGUUAACUAGCGCUAACAUGAAAGUAUUAUUUAAUUUCUUGAUUUGACAUUCCCGCAGCGAUCUGGGAAGCGAAUAACGUAGUGACGAUAUCAGAGCAACACUAAUUUACAGAUGGGUAACAAUGAGAUGUCGUUCGUCCCGAUAUUUCUGUCCAUUCUCUUCCGUUUGUUCUUGGCUUCCUCUUUCACUUCCUGCAUUACCCACAAUACCCAGCGACAGUGUGCCGCAUAUCUCGAUGGAAUGAAGACUUUGUAAGACUUCAGAAUGUCAUGUAUGAUGUUUGUAAAUUAUGCCCAUGUGAUUUAUUUUUUAUUUUUUUUAACAAGACGACAUAACGGGGAAUACUGAGGCUGGUCGAGCCGUGUCUAUUUUUGUUAAAUAAAUGCAAAGCGAGUAACUCGUUUGUAGCAUUGUAACUCUUGGAUGUGUCGAUUUGAACCAUUUAAAAUGUCCAUGAAUGCUUCAAUGUGGAACAUUUUUGCUUGAAUCAAGCUGGUGUUUGUGAAUUGUGUCAAAUGCAAGUGUAUAUACUGGCUGUAACACUUGUACUACUUGGUCAAUUUCAUUUUCAAGCUCAACAACGUUUAAAAAAAAGUGUUUAAUGUCGUUUUUUUGGAGCUUCAGAAGACAACAAAUAACUCGUCGGCUUUUUCUCGAUAGCACAAAGCGAGAACGAUUCGUCCGGGCAUUUUACCUCGAGCCAUGAUGAACUUUGAUCUCAGGAUUAGAAUGUAUGGAGCUGAAUAGUAAAGAAUCACAACUCUAUUGGCUAUUUGCAACGAAUGCUAGAAUGAUCACAAGUAUCUAUAUCUACAGCAGUGAUGUAUUAAGUGCUGGAAUCGACACUGACGCGAUUCGGUCCGUUCGUGCGGUGACGUCUCAAGUCGCAUGGAGACGCUGUAAAGGGUUUGUUUCAUUUCUGUUUCUGGUUGAUUGAUGCUCUUAAUUCUAUGCUUAACAAUACUGAUAUUAACAGACUGCUGACCAGAGAUGUAGCGAUUCUUGUUUAGCAUUUUGUAUUAUUAUGGUCAUAUAGCAUUAUCUAUAGCCACUAUUAAACAAAGUUCUAUCUUUAUAUGGGGCUCCAGUGGUCUUUGUUGUAGAGGUUUUACUGUCCAAUACUUUCUACUUUUAAAGUCAAUAUGAAACGCUGUAUGCAACUCGUUUGAACGGGUCACGAACCCCCCAUAUAGCGCCGUUCGUGCCCGUGUACCAUACGAGAAUUGGCAAUUUCGAGAAGAUACUCUGACGUACCCCGCUUUAGUUGUAAUCCUUAACUAGCAAUGAUACAUAGUAGCUACUAUACGAUUAAUGUAUCCAUGUAACAUUGUGUAAAGCAGACAAUGGAAAGGAGGUGGCGAGAACCGGCUUGACAACAUAAUAGUUUUAAUGAUAAACUUAACAGACAAUACAGACAUGUCCGUAAACGAUCUCUCUCUCCCGCACAAUCCUCCGCAGUUGGCCUUUAUCCUCUCGGAGGCUUAAUUAGCCUGAUUAGGGACCGGGUGUGUAUGAUCACGACCAGGCCCCGCCCUCCGCCCUGUUACAUUCCUCCCUCAUUCUCUCAGGCAGGGGAGCCCCCGGCAUGAUGUACAUCCCCCUCUCUUUCCCUGGGGAGGGGCAUGCCCUAAGCCCCGUCUGCCCGCAGGUCAUCCCCGUCUACCUGGA